AUGGACGAGGUUUUGGUGAAAGAGGUGUUUAUUUCCGCUGGUAUAAACGUACGGUCGCAUUGCCUUGCUUCUUGCCGAAAGAGUGAUCACUUUGUUUUUGCUUCUGAUGGACAAGCAGUUUUGCAGACGUUCCCUUCGUCCUCCUGUGGCCGCAUUGUUUCGGUUUCUGAACGUUAUCAUAGUGGGCCAAUUACUAUUUUGAAGCUGGUUAACAACCCCGGACACAAUUCGGAUGCAGUCAUGGGUUCCAUUGGUGCACUUUGUGGCACAUUCGCAACUGGUAGACUUGUUGUGAUGGCUUCUUGGGUUGACGGCACAGAUGCCGGUGUGCGCGUAUGGUGGCUUGAUUCAUACAAUCAGCUCUCCAUGCGUGAUUUCUUCGAUAUUUGCGAUUUUGGAACUAUGUUUGUUGUAGCUUCGGAUAUGCAGACAAUGUCUAGUGUCGUUCAAGCUAUUCUCUAUUUCAGUUUUUUAGGAAAAGUACUUCUUGCUGUUGGAACCACUAAAAGAACGAUUGAGCUCUACUGCGAAACAUUGUGUGAAAAGGCUAUGAAAAAAGUGUUGUCAAUCGUUGCUCAUGAGGACUGGAUACAUUCCGUAGCUUUUAAUCGUGACUGCUUUUCUUUAUUGCUUCUUCUUAAUCCUGUCACUUUGUUCUUUAGAAGUCGAUAUUCAGAAUCAGUUCCUGUCUUAUUAGCUUCAUCCGGACAGGAUGCCUUUGUGAAAAUAUGGCGUAUUGAAGAGGAAGUUAAGGGAGCAGGUGAUGGUGAACUUAAUGUGACUAAAAAUCGCUUCCAAAUCGACACUGCUGAAGGAACACUUUCGCUUUGUCUAAGUGUUGAAGCAGUACUGGCUGGGCACAAUGAUUGGGUACACUCAACUCAGUGGGAUAGCGAAGGACGCAUUCUGUUAACAUCUUCCAGUGACAAAACUGUAAUCGUUUGGAAAGAAGUGUGUGAUGGAAGGCUUUGGAGUGAUGAGGUGCGUAUAGGAGUUGUGGGUGGGCAGGCUGCUGGCUUUUUCUGUGCCGUCUUUUCUCCGGACGCGAGGCAAAUAGUCGCCUGUUCCUACUAUGGAGGACUUUACGGUUGGGUUCUUUCCGAAAAGGGCAAUACGUGGAACGCAGUUGCGAUGUGCAGCGGCCAUACUGCAGCAGUACGAGACGUGGCUUGGCAUCCUGAUGGCAAGUUCUUCAUCUCAGUUGGCGAGGAUAAGACUACAAGGGUUUACAUUCCACAAAAUGUAAUAUUUGGACGUUCUUUAUUACGUCUGGACCAAAAAUUCGUUGAAGUUGCGCGACCUCAAGUUCAUGGUCAUAGCAUGCAAUGUUUAAGUGUGGUUUCGAGUUCAAUAUUCGUAUCUGGAGCUGAAGAGAAAAUAUUUCGAGUCUUCGAAGCACCUCAGACAUUUGCAAAGAGUUUAUGCAAUAUAAGUGGCUUUGAAAUGAUACAGAUUUUUGGUAAAUGCGCGCUUACAUAUUAUGGUGCCAGAGUUCCGGCUUUGGGCUUGUCGAAUAAGGCAAUUGCAGUUGAAGAUUUCGAAAAAACGCAACCAACUCUGGAUGCAGAAACUCAUUGGGAAGAAGUUGUGUUUGAGGCGGUACCCUCCGAACUUCAUGCUCCCCCAACGGAGGAUUGUCUACAACAAAAUACGCUUUGGCCCGAGAUUCAAAAGUUGUACGGGCAUGGUUAUGAAGUCUACGCUGUGGCUGUUAAUCCAGCUGGUACCGUCAUCGCUACAUCUUGUAAGGCUAGUCAAAUUGAGGACGCCGUCAUUAUGCUUUGGGAUACGUCAAAUUGGAGCAAGAAGUCCGAGAUCGUUGGCCACAAAUUGACCGUCACGCAGCUAGAAUGGAGUCUUGAUGGCACGCGUCUGCUUAGCGUCAGUAGGGACCGGACGGCAAUUCUCUGCGGCGAACAAAAUGGGUGUUUGAAUGGUUUUCAUUACGAAAAAUUGUGGUCAUCUGGCAAAGAACAUUCAAGGAUUAUUUGGUCGUGUUGUUGGUUUAGCGAUUCCAAACAUUUCGUGACCGCGUCACGGGACAUGCAGGUAGGGACUAUUUCUAGUGACCCGUAUUGUAAUUAG